AUGGUAGUAAAAGUAGCCUCUGGACGAGGCUUAGGAUGGAUUGUUACAGCGUUUUUUAUCGUAGCAGAUAUGGUUGGUGGAGGAGUUGUGGCCAUGCCUGUCGCACUUUUUUCUACUGGCAGACUGCUUAUCGGUAUAAUAUUUAUGACAGUAAUAUGUGUAAUUUUUGCUUACACGGCUCAUUUAUUGGGAGAAAAUUGGGUUAUAAUGCAACAAAGAUGGCCAAUUUACCGGAAUCACUGUCGUAAACCGUAUUCUGAAAUGGCGAUGCGCAGUAUGGGAAAGAAAAUGAAAACAAUUGCAGCUGGUAUUGUUUACAUGACGAUGUUUGGUACGUCUGUUGUAUACAUACUUCUUUCUUCAAAAAUUUUCGAACAUUUCUUGGCAUCAAUUUUCGGCAUUGAAAUUAGUUUUUGUUAUUUGCUAUGUGUGGUAACAAUUUCAAUCAUGCCGCUUACCUACCUAAAAUCACCAGCAGAUUUUUGGAUGGUUAUUGUAAUGGCGAUGCUGUGUACCAUUGUAGCGGUUUUACUGAUUACUUUGGGGAUCAGUAUAGAUGCAAGUAUAUGCAUGGCUAAAGCUCAUUAUCCGAAAGUUUCAAUAACCGGCGCAGUAGUCAGUUUGGGCACUUUUCUGUUUGCUUUCAGUGGUCAUCAGGUUUUUCCAACUAUUCAGCAUGAUAUGUAUCGUCCAAUGGAAUUCACGAAAUCUGUCAUUUUGGGCUUCAUACUUGUUGCUUUACUGUACAUGCCAUUAUCAAUAUAUGGUUAUUGGACAUACGGAAACAGCAUGCACAGUUCAGUAAUUGAUUCCGUGCAAACUCCUUGGAUUAGACACGCUGCUAAUUUAGCCAUUGCUAUUCACUGUAUUCUGGCUUUGAUCAUCAUGGUGAAUCCACUAAAUCAACAAGUCGAACACUUCUUUAGUGCUCCACACUCAUUUGGAAUUCAGCGUGUAUUAAUACGUUCUGGAAUGCUUGGCACCAUGCUCUUCUCUGCUCUCACAGUUCCUGAUUUUGGACCAUUUAUGAAUUUGGUUGGGGCGGUAACAAAUCCUCCAACCUGUGUAGUGCUACCAGCACUUACUAAUUUAUAUCUUAAUGCAAUGAGUGUUGAUGAAAAAACUCGAGCAUUUAAAAUCCCGACUUUCUUCGAAGUAUUUAAAAGAACUGAUAGAAAAAAACUUUUGUGGAAUGCAUUUAUCGUUGUAGUGGCGUUGAUUGCUGGUAUUGGAAGUGCAUAUCUAGCAGUUCUUGAGAUUUUAACUGUACAUUUCACGCCGCCUUGUUACAUCCGACCUUUCAUAUCAUCAUCUGCUCUACGGAACGUCACUUUUGAUGGAGAGAAGAUUAAUUGUUGCGGAAUGGAGCAAAAUAUUUAUGUCUUCGGAAAUGCUACCGAAAUGUGUCGGAUGCCAACUCAAACAGUCAUGUAA